GAAGACGACAAUUUUGUUACGACUGUGCUUGUGCUAACCGCCGAGUUUCCUGUAUCAACUCGGUGAAUCGUUGUUAUAUUUCCUAUCACUUCUGCAGUCCUGUGACACACCCCAUGUGAAACGCCUUGCUUGGAUGGUCAAUCAAUGGCCGUAAGGCUCCGGCGCACGGGGAUGAGAGGAGAGCAGGUGCUGCGCUCCUGGCUGCGGACUCAGUGACUCUCUCUUUGGGCUCAGGAUGGCGCAGGGAGGGUCUCAGUUGGAUUAUCACAUACUGCAGGACCUCAAGCAGCGCUUCCCAGAGAUUCCAGAGAAGGUAGUGUCUCAGUGCCUUCUUAAGUUAAGCCUCCGGUCGUGCAGAGGGACGAGGAUUUUGAGGGCGCUCAGUGGAACUGUGAAAGCUGCACUUUUCUUAACCAUCCAGCAUUGCACCGCUGCGAACAGUGCGAGAUGCCACGCAACACUUGAGCAGGCUUCUCUGCGACCCUUCCCGACAGGCCAUGAACCUCACUCCUACUGCUAAUCUUCUGUUCCGUCAUGCAACGUUCAAGUCCCGCCUAUCAUUUGACGAUUACUGUCCCUUGUGCCCUCAGCUUCACCCAGCAAUAACUGAGCCGUUCCCCACGGAAGAAGAGACAACUACUCUAGUGAAAUAUUAUCCAAUCAGACCCACCCUGUUACCACUUGAGGAGCUUCCUGCACUUGUAUUUACUUUUUUCUACUGAACGUUGCUUUAAAAGAGGAAGAAGGGUGACUUGACAGCAGAGACAAGCAAAGGGGAUUGAUUGAUCGAUCAAUUUGCACUGGAGUGGACCGAGAAGGUGUGGUUUAAGAGAGGGCAUAGCUUGCUAGAUGUUGCUGAGGUGUGGUUUACCAUUCCAAGCAGAAUAAGACUGCUGAGUUUACACGGAAAAGCCCAAACAAUCCUGUGCACAGGGCUUCUCUUACAAAACGUUCAAUGAAUUGAGAUAAACAGGGGCUGAAUAAUUUUAAUGUAGACUUUACACUGUAUGUGCUCACUAUGAGCUCUUCUUAUGAAUGAAGAACACUACAAGACCUGCAUAUGAACCUAUACCUGGUACUUUUAUGCAUAUUAUGCCACACUGUAUUCGGUGUUUAAGAUGUUGAUUUCUUGUGCAAAUGCCUCCAGUUGCUGUACUAAAUAAAGGAUCUGAUUCUACGUUACUAUAUGCUGAUGUCGAGAUAUCUCGGCUGCAAACCAUGAAACAUACCCCAUUUUUCUUUUUAUCCGUUUAUUCGGUUAGUAUAUAUAAAUUAGUACAGUAUGUCACAACUGCAUUCAGGACUCAAAAAUCCUGAAAGAAAGCAUGCAAUCACUCAAACACGCACUCAAAUGAUACAUGCCCCCUCAUUCAAACAUCAACAUGCGCACAACAGACUGACAGUGCUAAGAAAUAAUUCUUUAACUACCGGUAUGGAUACUUGUGCAAAAGAAGACUAAUAAUCACUCUUCA